CCGCGCGAGUCACCGACAUCGAGCAGUUCUCCGGUUUCUCAUCGGUUCUCGCGAUUUCGUCGGCGAGACGGUAGCGAUGAUGCGUGCUACCGGACCAAAAACAACCUAAUCGGAGGCUCCGAUGACUGUCGACAACACGGAUUACCACAAGGCAAAAAGGAUGAGUACCUCACUAACGUCACUUCAGCCAAAUAGCCAAAGCUUAGAAAGGCAGAAACAUGUCAGAACAACGACGGAAAGACUCUACAACAGUCUUACCAAGAAAAGGAAAGAUCCAAAGCAAACAAAUAUUCAAAGAAUGUGGCUAAACUAUGAAGACUGCAAAGAUGACUUUUGGGCUGCUAUAAGGUCUAAUUAUGAUUAUAUUAUGGAUACUAAUUUAAUCGAGACUUGCAAGGAGGCAAAUGGUGAACUAACAUGGGACGAAACAGACGUGUCAACGCAAUCAUGGAAUUUGAAGGAAGUCAGCAAUCAAUUUUCAGAGCUUUACUCGUGGUUAAGAAUUCUUCAAGAAUUGGUCUAUUCUAAGGAAGAAAAUCUUUUAGACAAAAGCCUGCGUGCGGCUCACAUGGAAGAGCUGCGACGCAAGGCGUACAGACGCAAAUUGUUCAAUGAACAAGCGGAAAAAUUAAUUUCUCGCGCCCCUGCUUUAAAAGACGAAGUGGCAUGGCGUGUAGAUCACUUGAAUGCAAAAUGGGAACUAGUUGAGCAAAUUAUGGCGCCUAUAGACCGAUCAGUAUCUAGUCAACAAGCAGAUAUAUCAGCAGAUUUUGAACGCGAAGUGAAAUGUCUAAGAAAAUGGUUACGAGAAAUGGAGUCGCGUCUUCAACCUUUGAGCUUCCACAUCAAUUGGACUCUACCAGAACUGGAGGAAAAAGCGAUAGAGCACAUGGUACUCCAACGAGAUAUAGAGGCGCACGGGCGUAUCGUCAGUUCGGUUGUCAAAUUGGGAGACAAAGUUUUUACGUAUCAACAGCAGCAGCAACAGCAACAAGAGGAACAGGAACCGCAGCGAGAUAAGAAACAGCAAUCCUCGCAGCCUUUGCGAAUAGUAAGAUCAUUGGAGCGACGUUGGCAUCUUCUGUUUCUACGUGCCUUGGAGUGGCAGUGUCACAUUGAGACCCUCGUAUCUCAUAUAAGAAAUAAGAACGCCGUGCCUUACGGCUGCAGUAGCGACAGCGACGAGGAACCAGUCACGAAACAGCCCCGUCUGAGCCGCGGACGAUCGCGUGGCUCCGGAGCGGAAUCGCCGGGACAGUCCGCUCGCUCGGGCCGCACCGAACGCGCGAAGCGCGUUGCCCGACGCUCGAGGUCCGAGUACUGCGAUCAUCCAAUCUCCAAUGAGAGGACCGAUCAGUCCGACAGCGACGCCUUUUCCGAGAAUCAGUCCAUCAGCGAAGGAUCGUAUUUCGAGGAUGAAUUGUGUCAGCUGUGUGUGAUGGACGCAAGGUCCGACGAACCGGCGAAACGAGAGGCCACUAGUUCCAUUACAUCUAUCGCGGGGAAUCGAGGGGAGGAGGGUGAGGUCGAGGAAAGCGGAGCGAGCGACAACGAGCAACACGAAAUGCCGCCCACACCGGACACCGUGCCGAUAACAACGUCGACGGCGGCGGCGAUGCAGAAGACGUGCGACGAAAUCGACGCGGCAAGCACCGUGCAAAUCGAAAGUACUGAAAAAUCGAACAACGAUCUACGGACGAGCGAACUUGUGAAACGUGGAGCAACGGAUGAGGCUGCUUCAUUCAACACGUCUGACAGGAAAUCGAAGAACUGCGCUACAUUCUACUUUAAGCAUCUCGACACUGACUCCGAGGCAGAUUGUGGUCAACUAGUCCAGGAAUCAUCCAACACAGUGGACGAUUCCUCCGAGGAGGAGUGGACUUAUACUCCUGCCCGUCAAAAUGGCUCUCUUGUCGUUUCGGAGCAGCGAAGGACGAACGUUGUAGUUCGUCUAGAUUUUGGCGAGAGUCCGCGAAUUGAUCUCUCAGAAAAAAUGCAUUUUGCACAAAAAAAGAAUUUAGAUAACGGAAAAGAAACGGAACAUGAUGACCGCGAAGCUCAGCAAAAAGAUAGCGAUGACGAAAAGAAAAAUAAUAAAUCAAGUAUCGAAAGGCUAAUCAAAGAAGUUGAGAACUUGAUCGGCGAAGAAAGAUAUACGGCCUCGCGCACUUUUCCGUUAGAAUUUGGAAAGAAAAACAUAACAAAUAAUCAUCGAGCUAAAUACGUGAAGGAAUGGUUGAAGUACACGUCGAGAAAUUACGAGGGCAGAUCACAGCCAUUAGAUAGUUGCGACGCCAGCGGUGAAUACACGACAGAGGAAUCCGACGAAGAAAGACAAUCGAUAUCGUCGGAUGAUUUACAGAGCAGCGUCGCGACCUAUCGCCGAUUCGAAGGUGCUCUCGCUAUAUCGCAAUCCCUUUCACAAGAGAUACUCGAUCACGUUCAGAAAACUCCUGUUAACGAGAUACCUCCCGAUGAGAAUACGCCGAAGGUCGUAAUGCGAUCGAAACAAAAAGCGAAAGGAUCUAGGCCAUGGAGUGUUUCUUGUAUCUCUCAAAUCGGAGAUAAUCCCACGUUAGCUCAGAUAAACAAUCCGUUGUCCAUAUCCGAAACUGCGCUUCAUCAAUUGGUCCCAACCCUACCUAGCAAAUCCGUAUCCUUCGAUGCUGCAGGAUCACGAAAAUCGUUUAAUAAUUCUGCAUCCACUUUAUUAGAAGAAACUCUUUUGUGUUCUGACGAUCGUAUAGCUAGAAAUAUAUCAUUCCGCAGAAAGAAAAAUAGAUUGCGUAAAAAGACUUUGGGUCGUAAAAGUGAAUCUAGUUCAGAAAGUGCGCACGCCAAUCAUCAUUCUGCUGGAAGCGAUGGUAGUUCAAAUCAACAACGUUCCUCUCGCAAAAUGAAUCUAAAUCGUACAACUCAUAUAGUUCCGAAAGAAAACUGCCAUAGUCAUUCCACGACUCUCGUCAAAUCCGGAUCUUUCUCAGGCUGUACCGUCCAUCAACAACUAUACGUAGAAAGGACGCUUGUCAGUAAUCCUACACCGCUCAGGCUACUCUGUUGCAAAUCAGUUGCUUCCACAUUGGAAACGGAAGGCGAGGAUCGUGAUUGUGCUCAAGGACACUUUGCUUACGCUAAUGAUAUGUUCACUACCGUACUGAAUAACAAAGAACUAAGCAAUCAGCAGUCGAAUAUAGACAGUGACGUGGAAAUGAAUAGUCUUGGUAACAAUUCGUUGUACGAACAAGCCUGGGAUAAUUACCAGGAAAAAUACAUGAGCGAAACUUACAGCGAGCCAUUAGAUGUAGAGACGGCUCGAGAAUUGUUGGAGUUUGGAGAUGACUAUCGACUCUUUAUAGAUAGUCAGUCGGAAUGCGCAUCCAGUAUAAGCGCAAUUCCUGCUUCUUCGCCAUUGCCUAAGACUCGCACAUAUCAUGAAAUUGACGACAGUACAGAAGACAGUGAUAAUGACGAGGAAGAUUUACGAAAAAUCACAGAAAAUUCACAAGCGCAGCUUAAACAUGCGGAAAAUAUUUUCGUAAAAUCCAGUGGCGUGGUUCCUACAGAACUCGCCGAAGUGGAGUCUGCAUGUAAAGAAAACUUAGGAUGUUUGCAGGCCGUGCUGAAAUCGCAAAACGGAUACUUGCGAAAUGAAAAAUAUUUGAAACAAAUUCGCGGUACGAUCGAGAGAUGGGAGAUCUUGGCAUCGCGAGUCGAGCAGGCACAAGUAGCCAGCGCUCUUCAUCGCGAGCUGGCUACCAUGAGAACGGAAUUCAAAGCCAUGUACGAUCGACUUUUCGAUUACGAAAUCGGCCUGGAGCUGCCGGACGUGCUCGACGAUCGGAUUAACGGGAUCACUACCGAGCUGGCUGUUCUGAAGGACCGCAAGGCGGCGAUGCUCGAACUGAACGUCUCCGCGAAUCGGCUAAUCACCAAUCUCGGUGCCUCCGCGCCGUUAAUUUGCACAGCCCUCAAGGAUGGUGUGGCGGACCUUUACAGGAUAUGGGACGAAACGUUCCAAAAAGGUACUCAACAGUUAUGCGUCUUGCAAACUAUGCAGCAGUUCGGUAUACGCUUGGCCGAAUUGCAGUCCGCUUUAGGAAGAGACAGGGAGACACUGACGGUUCUGAAUAUAGCUCUGCAACAAGCGGGUGCCACUUCGGAGGUCGCCUCUUCCGUUCGUUAUGUCGCGCGACUUUUGUCCGAGACAGAAGACAUCAAUUGUCAGAAUGAUGCGGUGUUGAACGAUGCGACAACGGAAGAGGUGCACUGCGGAAAAUUCGUCAGCAGCCCUGCGAGCAAUCACAUGCAGGAGGGUGGCUCGCUCUCCGACAGUGGAAUCUCCGACAGCGGAAGCGAGCAAGAGCUGAGCGAGCGCGAGCGCAGAUUGGCCGUGCUUCGGCGACUUACGCGUAGCUUGGAGAGCCAGCUGACGCCAGGUAGCGAGGCCCUGACCGACCUCUGGAAGAGAGUCGAGUACGCCGAGACCGAGCUGCGCGAUUUGCAGAAACAGUGUAGAGAGCUCAUCACGCGUACCCUUCAUGCGAGCGUGGAUGUGCGUGCCGCCAAACGGACCGCCAGCCAGGUUUAUUAUCCCGCAGACAAGCGCAAGAAAGCUAUUUACGAUGAAGCCACGUCGAAGAGCGACGCAGAAUCGCCGCCGACGACGUGGAGCGACGUUAAGGGCGACAACAAGCCCGAUAGCAAGCCGAUUUCCCAGAGCUGGACGAGAAUGCGGCGAAUUGCUAAAGUGGCACUGCCCUUCUGUUUCGUAAUGCUCGUCUUUUACGUCACCGUUUAUUUCUCGAGGCCAUACUCUUGCGAGACUGCGAACACGCUAAGUCCGUUCACGCUGCAAAUACGCUACUUUAGGGGACCACCGCCGGUGUGAGCGGGCGAUACGGCAAGUAUACGAAAAAUAUCGACGUCAAGGAUCGAUUGAUUUUUGACGAAAAUGGAUAAGAUGUGUAUAUCCGUUCCGAUACGCGUUGGGAAUCGUAAUUUAACGAUCGAUCCCACGACGUAAGGCUGUCCGCGAAUUUUUAGCAAGCGCGCGGUAUUAUUAGACUGUUGAUUUUAAAUUACCUGUUGAAUUCGGCAUGCGUUCGAGGAGAUGACUUGCCGACACUUGAGUGACUGAUUUCUUCACUGCCUGCAUCUUUAUUUUAUUAUUUUAUUACCGGAUUAUAUACAAAAUUCUAUUGACGGUCCAUAACUUCUGGCCAAGUUAUCGUGACGUAAGGUUAUUAACCAUAUAUCGGCCAUAAUUAUAUAAGGAAAAUGAAGAAUUUUACACGAAAAUUAAAUAUUAUAUAUUUUGAGUACGAAUUGAUACGCGUCUACUAUAUAGAUUCACAAUUGGGUAAUCGAAUUAAAUUUGUACAGAGACAGUUUGGCAACGAAUCUCGAACGUCCCAAUUAAAAAUAUCUUGCUCUUCUAUCUCAACAUUUGUGCAAGAACGAGAUGCAACGAGACAUGAGACGUUUGUAUUAUUGAUAGUUUUUUCUCAUUGUUCUGAAUUGCGCGCGACAGCAGCCUAUGUUAUUGUUGAAGUGUAUAAAUAUUUAUUUAUAGAUAUAUAUAUACAGAGAGUAUAUUAUAUAUUUUACUCAUUAUACAUACUAUUUUUCUUGGAGGAUAAUAUUUGGUUUUCCUCCCGAAGGAGGAUACAAAACCGGAAACAUAAAAUGGACUUUACAGUUUUUUGACGGACGGGAGUCCAUUUACAUUGAAUUUUAAUAAGGAAUGGUACUUGGAUUCCAUAUUGCUAAGCUUCCUAUUUGUUCCGAGUAUUCUCCCGCAAUACUGCUUCUAAUAUCGUCAUGUGUGUUUCCGUAACAACGAAUAUUUACUUCGAUAUCUUUUUUUUUUACAUCUUCGUAAAUAUAAUGAAACAUUACAUACACGAGUUACAUCAGAUAAUUGCGCUUUAAAGAUAUCGCAAAUUUUCGAAAAUCAACUUGUGCAAUAAUCGGCUUGUGUGAAAUAUCGCACAGAAAUUUUUCUACAAACAUAUGCAUGUAGUAAUUACACUGGCCUUAAACAACAAUUAUUAAAUCUAACUGUAGCAAAACGGAAUUUAUCGGCUUUCUUCAUGCACUAUGAAUAAUAAAUGUGGCUUUGCACAUUAACAAUUUGAAUGCAUGUGCAUAUAUGUAUAUUUUAGCACCUAUUGCAUGCAAUAUUUCUGAAAUAUUCUUCACCUCUAAUUUUCUUAUUUUGUUUCAUAUAAAUAACGUUUGAUAUCACUAACGAUGUGCAUGCUAUUGACGAUCUUACCUAGUGUCAUAUGCUCACAAGAUAGAUAGAUAGAUAGAUAGAUAUAUUUUUUUCCCUUUAAUACAAUUGAGAAAACUUUAGCUUGUGAUAUAAUUUGACAGUUCUUUCAUCUUUUUCGCAUAUGAUCUUUUAAUAAAAGAAAGAUAUAUGCGUGUCGUUUGAGACUACUAACGACUCAUUAACAUAAUUAGUCAGAAUUUCUAAUUGUAAAAAUGUAUUUAUCGAUUUUCUUUGGGAUGUGUCUUCGAUAUUUGAAGGCACUUGUAUUUAAGGGUGAAACAGUGGCUAAUAUAAAUAGACUUAAAGAGAAAUGGUAAGCGAAAAGUUUGUGCUAAGAGGCGAAGAUUAUUUUUCCAAAAAGAAAAAUACUUUUUAAGAAAUUUUUAAACGAUACGAGCUUUUUUGAUAGAGUGAUAUGUGGAUGCUGUAAGUUGUCGAAAUCUAUUUUGUAAAGUCUUUUUGAGAAAAUGUAUGAUAUAGAGUGAAUGAUGGUCUAUAUAAUGAAAGCAGCCAUUCUGAAUUCACUUGUACGCGACGCUAAGUAACGAGAAAUGCCUUAUGGUCAAGCAUAGAAAGCUUACAACUUGCAUGCUGCUUACUGUGUAAGCGAUUCAGCGUAACGACUCCGAUCCAUACUUGUGCAGAUCUUGAGCUUCUCAUGAGAGAGGCGAUAUCGUCGGUAAGUCCAUCUGGCAUUUUGCGGACUACAUAGAUAACGAACACACAUAGUUUAUGUGUAGAUAGAAUAAUUAUAACUGUGUAAAGUAACGAUGAUUUGAUAUUGACACAGAACUUUGUAAAUAAUAUAAUAAGUACCAUGCCCGAGAAAUAUCACGGGAAAAUAGCAAUAUUAGUAAAACAUGCAUUUUUUUUCUUGGAAUGCAAUUGCCAACUAUGUCAAAUUAUCGUCAUUUUACACUGUCCAUUUUGUGAAUUUUUAUUUUAUGUUGUGAAAAAUCUAGUACGUCGACCUGCAUGAAUGGUAGUACGGUCGCCGACAGUUAAUUUUUUUUUUUUUUUUAUUUCUCCUACGUAAGUACCAUGUGCUACGAGUAACGAAUGUUUGUUAGGCACAGUUUUAUUAUGACUGCCUGAAAAAUCAAAGUAUUUACAGUGAUGCUUAGACUCAAUAGAGAAAUGAGCUGCACUAAAUAGAGAUAUGGUUCUAUAUGCAGUAUCGAUAUCUCUUCGAUGAGAAAUUCGCGUAAACCGAAUAUAUUUCUCAAAUUCGAUGCACUAACUGCAUCGAUGAAAAACGAUGAUGAAAGGAAGCCUUGCAUAUACUUUAUUAUAAAGUAUACCGCGCUUUCUUGAAGGUGAUUAAUGAGAAAGAGAAAGAUUUGACAAGAUAAUUGAAGACGAUAUUUUCGUAUACGUCUUGUGUCGCAUCAAUAAAUCGCCCACGACGGCGAUUAUCUCGAAUAACGAACGUUGGAAAGAUCGCGAAUGCGAGGGAAGUUAAACGCGACGAAGAAUACGUCGAACUGAAUGUUCGUGAUUUUUUUAUGAUUGACGCGAUUGUAAGAAAGUUGCAAGGAAGGAGAGUAGUUUUAAUUGAGAUAGUGGAGAUACACGAUUUCAGUCUUUCCACGAUCUUGAUUAUCGUCUUCGCUGUAACAGGCGUUGAUGUUAUCAGUUUAAUACAGUUCAUUAUGUCGUUUAUUAUGUCGUAAUGAAGCUGUGUUAUUUUGUUAUCAAUCACGAAAGUGUAAUUAAAUACCAGCGAUUGAUGGAGAAAUGGUUCCUACUGUUUAACAUGGACGAGAACACAUUCUUCGCUAUUUUUCUUCUACGAAUUUCGAUUGAUUUAAAUUUCGAUUGAAUCUAGCGAUGAGAAAGGGACUGAUCUUUUUUUUUUAAUUAACGUAAAAUUAAUUUACGUCAAAAAUUUUUGCUCGUUUUUAUUUUAAUCAACUAAUGAUAUACAGAGAACGAGUAUCGAGUGAGAAUUUAUUGGAUAAUUUAUAUAGUUAUCCAAUAAUGAAGUACAUACGUACUUACAAUUCAUCGUAUAAGAGAGUGGCAAUUAUUUAAUUGCCAGUUAUUAGACGGACGGACGCCAAUGGCAUCGAAUACUUUUCGAUCAAAUAUAUUAAUAUAACAAUUGUUAUAUUACAAUGGAAUUAUUCGAUGAAACGAAGAUCUCUGACUUAAUGAGAGCGAUAAUGAAACUCAAUAAUCAAGCGUGACUUUGCGCUUACUUUAGAAUCAUGACGAUCUGACAAGGAGACUUACGUAUAUUACAUUCAUACGACUGUAGUGUUAUAAAAUUACGGAAUGCCGUACUGAACUUUUUACGUAACGUGUUACUUAAAAUGCUAUAUUGGAACCUUUUGUCUCAUAUUGUUGGAACUCGAAAGAAUUAAAUAAUAUCAUUAGAAAAUAUUUCUCUCGAGAUAAAAAAGCGUAAAAAAAAUUUCGUGAAUUGAAGGACAACGCCCUUCAUUUCGCAACAAUAACUAUUUUUUUAAGUAACGCACUUCAUGUAUCCUUUAUUUUCGUAUCGCGAGUACGCGCGACACGAUUUCUAAUCUGCCUUAUACGAAAUAUAAUAACGUGUAUAAAGUACCUGAAAAAUCAAAACGCUACUUAUAAUACCUAUUCUGUGUUAGUUUAUGCACGCGCGGUUGAAGGAACUUGAAUACUUGAUAAUAUUGUAACGAUCGUGUCACGCUUAUCAUUUUACUGAAUAUAUUCAUAUAUAUCGUAUGUCAUAUUAUUAGAUAUAUGUGCAUGUAUUUUUUUUUAAUUAUUAUAAAAAAAAUCGUAUGAUUAUUACAAUGUUCUAAAAAAAAAAAAAAAUUAUAAGAAAAACAUUCAGUUCGAUAAAUGCGAACUAAGUAUUACGAUAUUCAGUAUCUUUGAAGACCAUCGUUUAGCUUGCAGUAUUAUUGCAUUUUUGUUUUUUUUAAUAUUAUUUCAAUCAAACACAUAUCUUUAAUAUCGAUUAAAAUGACAAAAAAAAAUGAUAAAGUUGAUCGUUACAUAUUAGGAACUGCAUCUGUAAGAAAUGAUGGUUUUGAAAGCCGCUAAAGUUAUAUUAGCGAUAAUAUUCUUAGUGUAGAUGUGUAGCAACGCUUCUACUUGAGACACGAGUGAGACACUAUUUAAUAGAAAAUAUCAGCUGACUGAAAAAACAGGGUAGAGAUUAAAAAAGAUUUAAUAUUCAUUUAUAUUACUCGUCUAUAUCGUGUUUGACGCUCAAAUGGAAGCGAUGAACGCAAUUUAUUAUAUGCUAAUAAUCAUGUUUUAUUCACGUUUCGUAAGCUAUCUCAUAAUGUUAAUUUCUUCCUUUGAUGAUCGAUUUCUCUGCAAUUCCAACUGAAAUUUUAUUGCCAAUGGCAACAAGACUGUAAUGUUUUUCAGCAAAUUACAAUACUUUUUUUUUAAACUUUUCAAAUGAAAAAUUUUCAGUUUCAGCAUUCUUUCGAAUAUUUUUGCUCACUCAAAAGUGAAGCGCAUUGAUAUAGCGUUACUUUAUAAUUACUAAAGAUUCAAAUCGUUUUUCCUUCAGUUAUAGACGUUGCUACAUUUAUAUAUCUCGAUACAAUCGCCAAAUUGGUUUGCUCAACUCACCGUGCGAUUACCUUGCGGUGCAGCGACUUUCAGAUUUUCAUUGCACUUUACUGUAUCAAAACGAAUCACUAUACAGUUGUAAAGUAACGUCCGAACGUUAUUCAUAAUACUUUUUUCACGACUCGAAGUAUUAUAGUAUACUAAAGUAUUAUACUACAUUUUAAAUAUUUCAAAUAAAUUUUGGAUUCUUGUUCAGAA